AUGUUUAAAUUAGCUUUACUGGUGCUAUGCACCAUCCAGAUAGCAACAGCAUUACCUCGGCCCGACUUUGGGAUCAAUGUACAGGUGUUCGGUAGCCAGCAUACGGCAAUAACUGCCCGGGAUACCAGAACACUGGUGGGAAAAGUGAACCAAAAUCUAGACAUUGUGCUGACCUCCGGCUACCCGCUGCUCGACACCAUCAAGACACAGCUGCUCGGUAUUGCGAACAAUUUCUCCAACAAAGGAUUUUUUGUGACUCAGGCGCUCGAUCUGCUAGCCACCAGUACCGGUCAGCUGAAUAGUGCCUUCGGUUCAUUCGAGGUUGCCGCCGGUAAUUUGAUCACGCUGGUAAACACUGGACUCGACGCCUAUUACACCGUGCUCGAUACAAAUCUGGACGACUCCAUCAGCACCAUGGUAAAGGACGCGUUAGUGGAUGUAACGGCGGAGCUAACGAAGCUCGGUGGCCUGUUGAGCACACUGAAGACGCAAGUGCAAGCGGCUGUGACUGCGGCCGGUUCUAACGCACCCUCCAAAGCCAUCCUGCGCAAGUACGUGUCGACCACGCUGACGUCGGACGUUGCCAAAAGUGCUAUAUCGCUGAAGGCGCUCAUCCCGCUGGUAACGUACAUUCUGGCCAACUCGAUCGAUAACAUUAAGCUGGCCGAUGACUACAUCGUCGAGGCGGGUACGGUUGCCGAAGAUGCGCUCUUGAAGGUUAGCCAGGGUCAGGAAGCGCUCGAAGCCGAAAUCCAGCUGUACACUGACGGUACGAACGAAGUCGCCGUCCUUGUUGGACCGACGGCGCAGGCCAACCUUGACCUGUCGGGCCUAGAUACUUCCGGCAUACCAUUGAUCGAGAGCGAGAUUAACGAGUACAAGGAAACGUACACGACCGUGCUGACCAAUACGAUUGCCGCGAUACAGGCUACUUACAUCACGUACAAGACAUCCGUGCCGUUCGUUUCGGAUGGGUUGACCGCGUUCUACAGUGAAAGUGCGUGCGACCAUCUCUACCGGCUCGUGAAAGUGGUAAUCUCGAACGGCGUUUAUGCUGACUACUGCUACAACAAAUACAGCCCCCGUACGUUCGGACUGUUCUAUGAGCAGGCACGCGAAGCGAACCGGUGCGUCGAUCAGGAGAUUACGCGUCUGAUAAAGCUGGAGCAGGUUGUGCUUACCAUCGCCAAGUUGCUGGUGUUUAGCGUCGAGGACGUGCUGGCCCAGGUCACGAUCUGUGUCAAAACACCGGCCCAGUGCAACGUUGCUCCCUUAGAGUUGGCCUUCCACAAAGUGCAUCAGGCUAUGGUGGGGCAUCAAACCACGAUGCAGAACAUCGUCGCGGCAGAAACGGUAGCCGGACUGAACCGUCUAAAAGCGUGCUUCACCACGUCCAAGUAUUUGCUCGUGAUUGCCACGAACGCGAUGGUUGGCGAAAUCAACAAAUGCGAAAUCUACGGACCUAAUGCAGCAUAG